AAAUCAUACAAAAGGUUAGAAGAUAUUCACGCGAGGAUCACCGAAAUUGAUGCCCACAUUAGCAAUUGUGGCCACGAUUUACUGAAUCCCAAAUACUUGUGGGACGAGACGAAGAAAGUGGAGCCAUGGAUCAGAUCGCAGAUCAAAUGCCUGCUCGCAAACUAUUCAAACGAGUUUGAUUUGGCGCUCAUUAAAUGGCUCACGAGUUGUGAUUACAAUACCGUUUCAAAGUCGGUUAAAAAGUCAAAUGCUGUUAAUGUGAACAAUAGUUAUGGCAACAAACGGAUCAAUUACUUCGAGGGCCAAAUCGGCGAACCAGAAGUGGCCAGAAUUGUCGAGAGCCGAGAGUUUGACCAAAAUGUUGAAAUUGGUUUAAGAUCUAAGACUGCAAAUAAGGCACAAAACUUCAAUUGCAACACAAUAUUCACUGCAAACCGAAAGACGUUGAAACAGAUCCCGCAAUCAGUUAGGGAUCAACUGAAACGAGUGAUGAUAAACGAGAUAUCGUCCAAAAACGUGAUGACAUACGAAGAAGCCGUUUGUCUGUCGGACAUAACACAGUUGUCGCACACGAAUCGGUGGAAACUUUACAGACUUUGGGUCCAAAUCUAUGUUAGGAUAAAGAAAUGGCAAUUCGAUGAACUCAACGAUCGGUUUGACGUCGAGAUCGCGGCCCAGAAAAGGCUGUUUGUCGACACCGAUGUACUGUUGAUCGGCGGCACUGAUAUCGUCGGUAUGACCACAACGGGUGCCGCCAAAAACAGAUCCAUUCUGGAGAGGAUUGACCCGCAGAUAGUGGUGGUGGAAGAGGCGGCCGAAGUGAUCGAGAGUCAUAUCAUCACGUCGUUGACCAGAAACACUGAACACCUGAUCCUAAUCGGUGACCACAAGCAACUGCGGCCACAGCCGGCUGUCUAUCAGUUGGCCGUCAAAUACAAUUUGGAUGUCUCUCUGUUUGAGCGCAUGAUUAACAACGGAAUGCCAUUCAAUCAGUUAAAACUUCAGCACCGGAUGAGACCAGAGAUCUCUCGACUAUUGGUUCCCCAUAUUUACAAACAACUCGACGAUCACGAGAGUGUCCGCCACUACGAGAAUGUCACAGGUCUGAAGCGAAACAUGUAUUUCAUCACUCAUUCACAUCCGGAAGAGGGAAACGACGAGCGGAUGAGCAAAUCCAACGAAUACGAGGCCCUAUUUGUGGUACGUCUGGCCAAACACCUGCUCUACCAGUGCUACGAGAAGCGGGAGAUCACUAUUCUUGUGCCCUACUCUUCGCAACUCAUACUAAUCAAUCGACUGUUGCGAUCGGAUCCCGAGUGCGAGACAAUGAGCGCCACCACUAUUGACAACUUUCAGGGCGAAGAGAAUGAGCUGAUUUUGGUGUCGUUCGUGCGAAGCAAUGCCAACCAACAAAUCGGUUUCCUGAAGACACCCAAUCGGGUCAACGUUGCCCUCUCGCGGGCCAAACGCGGUCUCUAUUGUGUCGGCGAUUUUGACUUCUUCGCCAAAAACAACUGCGAGACUCAAUGUAUGGUUAAAGUGGACAAAACUGUGGAGGAAUGCGGACACGUAUUAUUGUACGGAUGCUCUGAAAGUCCCGUCUGUUAUCUGAAAUGCGAGAAAACUCUGUCCUGCGGUCACCACUGCCUUCUCAAGUGUGGCGAAGAGUGCGCUGAAGACAAGUGUAAGGUUUUGGUUAAAAAAGCAAAGACUUGUGGCCAACACUUCGCCGAAACCUAUUGCUCGACAGAUGUAAGUCUGUGGAAGUGUUGGAUUCAAGUGCCCGUAGUGUUGGGUUGCGGUCACACCUGUUUGAGUCCGUGUUAUGAUCAACAGUCCGAUCGAUCGCCCGAUGAAUGCGAUAAAGUGUGCGGAAAAAUGUUGGUCUGCGGACACUUCUGUCAAGAUCUAUGCGGUAAUUGCAGUCAAAGCCGACUACACAUGACUUGUAAACGAGAAUGCGAGCGAUUAUUGUCUUGUGGCCACAAAUGUCAGGGUAUUUGCGGUGAUAACUGUUCGCCUUGUAAUCAGAGCUGUAGGAAUCGUUGCCGACAUCAGUCCUGCGCUGAGAUCUGCUCUCAGGCUUGUAUUCAGUGUCCGAAAGCGUGUCUCUGGAAGUGUCCGCACAAGAAAUGCAACAAAAAGUGUUACGAGCCGUGCGAUCGGGACUACUGUCCGAUGGCUUGUAAGAAGCUCUUGAAAUGUGGCCACAAAUGCAUAGGUCUUUGCGGCGAAAUAUGUCCCGAUUUGUGUCUCAUUUGCCACAAAUCGCGAGCGAAUGACUACUUGUAUGGCAUCGAAGAAUUGUUUGAAUUGAAUAAAAAGGAUCUCUGUUUCAAUGAUCAGAAUUUGCCGAAACAGAAGAGUCUGUUCGCCAGUAUUAAAGAGCUUAGAGACCUGUCGGCCACCGAUGAAUAUAUCGAGACAAUUGUUAAACAACUGUUGGAUCAAUUAGAGAGUGACACUCGUGUGGAAGUGAUGUAUUGCGAAAACGCCCGAUCGAAGAGACAAUUGUUUGCCAUCCAUAACAAAGUCUUAAUGAUGAAGGCUUUGCUGAAAGCUGUCGGUCCAAUACAACGAAAUGAUAUGCAAAAGUGGCUUCAGUUUAUAAAUUCAGUUGAGAAGAUAAUCACCGCUUUUUACUUACGAAUGAGAAAGUGUUUGGAGUUUUUGGCCAUUCAUUACGACAAUACUUCCCAACAAAUACAAGACACUCAACGAGAGGUUAACUUUUUGGUUCAUUUCACUAAAUUGUUGACCACUAAAUUGGACACGACUUCCGCCGAUGUUUGUCACCGAUAUUAUGAAGUGUUUGAUUGGCUCUUAAAGACCGGCGCCUUUACCGCAGAUAUUGAAAGCGAUUUUCAGGUGAAAGUAUCCAUGGUCAAUUCAUCAAUCAUUUGGCCCACUUGUGAUAAUGAGCUCAAACUUAUUUCUCAAUUUGAAAAUUUCAAUUGA